CUUGUUGACAGAGAUGACGCCGAUUGGAAAGAUGAAGUCCAACAAAAGUUCUUAGAAUGCAAAGAAGACACAUGCGCUGUUCUUGAAGAUGAAAUAGAAAACAGAAUAGAAGAGCUAUUAAAGGACAAAGAACUUUUACAGAAAUAUGGUUCGGAGAAAUUUGACAUAUCUCCACCAGAAAAAGAAGAAGAGAGAAAAGAAAGAAAAGAAAGUAGAAGAAGAGAAAAAGAACCUGAACCAGUUCCAGAGAAAAAGAAAUUUGACAUGUAA